GCUCCUGAAAUAAAGGGUAAACCACCUAGAUUUCUUCAAAAUCCCAAACCUCAAACUAUCUCUGAAGGGAAUAGAUUAGUUAUUGAAUGUAAGGUUACUGGAGAGCCAAUGCCUGAUUUGUCAUGGUCUCACAAUAAUAAAUGCAUUGACGAAAGAAAUGACAUUAAAAUCGAAUAUGAUCGUAAAGUUGGUUUAUGUAGAGUUGUAAUUGAAAAGGCUUUCAUUGAGGAUGCUGGCAAUUAUCGCUGCAUUGCUAGAAAUCAAGCUGGUCAAGCUCAAACAUCUGUUAAGAUCGUUCUACAGGCCAGGCCUUCUCAAUCGCCUGUACAAGUUACCCAAGUCAGACGCUCUCCUGUUAGAAGAUCACCAGCUAAAUCGCCUAAAACCAUUGUUGAACGAAGACAUUCUAAAGAAAGAGUAAUCAAGGAAGAAGGUGUUACAGAAACCAAUGAGAUUGAACAAGUGAAAUUGAUUAAGCAUGUUGUUAAAGAAUCAGAAAAGCGUGAACCUCCAAAAUUUUUGCAACCAAUACAACCCCAAGUAGUUAAGGAAGAAAACAGUUGUAGUUUUUCUGCGCAGGUUAAGGGUAUUCCUACUCCGACAGUAACUUGGUUGAAAGAAAAGUCCGAAAUUGAACCAUCUGAAAAAUACAAGAUAAUUAGCGAAGACGAAACUCACAGCCUGACUGUUCUUAAUUGCUCUGAAGAAGAUGUAGCAACAUACUCUUGCAGAGCAGCUAAUCCUGCUGGAAAAGCAACUUGUACAGCAAAUAUUGUUGUUAUACCCCCUUUGCCUGAAAGUGAAGAUUGCCCACCCAUUUUUACGGAAAUGCUUAAACCAACUAGGGCCUUGGAUGGUCAAAGAGUUCAGUUUAGAGCAAUAAUUACAGGGCAUCCAAUGCCCGAUAUAAGAUGGUUUCAUUUGGAUGAUGAAAUUUCCGAUUCGGAAGAUUUUAUUUUCCAAUAUGACAAGGUUACAGGAGAAUGUAUCCUUACUAUUCCAGAGGCUCUUGAGGCAGACUCUGGAAAGUACACUAUUUUAGCAGAAAAUUCAAUAGGAAGAACGAUGUGUUCUACUAGUUUGAGAGUGCUUAAUUCUCCCCAAGAGGAAAGUGAGCCUAUCCAAACAGAUAUAAGAGAAAUAGAGCAGCCAACGUCAAUGACUGUUCAAAAUUCAACGGAUUUUCCAGAAGAAUCAAAGACCAUAUUCUAUAGUUCUACAAAUCAAAAAUCAAGUGAAAUAGUUGAAACUACGUCUGACACAAAAAAUCCUGCAAGCGAAAUUCAAAGCACAACUGAGACAGUAGUAACGGAAAACCAAAAUGUUUCCUCAGAAACUACUCAAGCAACUUUCAGCAUUUCACAGCAAGCAAAUACUGCUGAAAUCUCUGAAACUAGUUCUAUUCCGUGUCUAGAUGAAGGUGAACCUAUGCAAGUUGAAAGUAAAGAUGAUAUUACUUUCGAAGAAACUGCAGAUGCCUCCAUUGCAUCUUUCAAGGUUGACGAACAGGCAACUGAAAUUCAAAUAAAUUUAGAAAAUACAACAAACGCGGAAGAAAAGCCAACAAAUCUUUCCGAACCGCAGUCAGUUGAAGAAGAAACCGUUCUUACGGUUAAUGUUAGUGAUAUUCAGCUAGUUAAAAGCGAUGAGCAACAGGUAGACUCUCCUGUUGAAUCAGAUAAGCCAUUAGAAAAAGACGAUUUUGUUACUGCUCAAGUUCUAAUAGAAAACGAAAAUCAAAAAUUGUCUCAAUCAGACAAAACUGAUAUAGUGUCUUCUGUUCUAGAGAACAAUCUAGAAAAUCCAUUAGAAACCACUGAAGCAACUUUGAAAAUAGUAAAGCAAGAGCAAACGACCGAUGCUGAUAUUGAUGAAAACGUUGCACAUGCAGACACUAGUCAAGAAACUUUGAGAGUCGGAGAAGCAAAGGCAACAGUUUCACAAGAAUUUACUACAGAGAUAGGUGAUAAUGAGCUGGAUUUUUCAGAAACUGUUACAUUUGAUGUAACAGAAGCAUUGGACGAUACAAGUACAAUAAUGUCAGAUCAAACUGAUACUACUGUUAUUGAACAAGAUAUAGGAGAACCGGCAGAAUUUAUCACUCCUCUGUCACCUCUUAUUGUUCCAAUCGGAGAUACCUGUGCAUUUGUGGCCACAUUAGAAGGAUCACCCACUCCAAACGUCACAUGGUAUAGGAACAAUGAACCUGUCACAAUAAGUGAAAGGAUAACAACAUUUUUUAAUAAUGAAACCAAAGAAGCCAUUUUAACUGUAGAAGAUUGCUGCGAAAGCGAUACUGCAGAUUUUUGCUGCGUUGGAGAAAAUAAAUAUGGAAGGGCUCAGAGUAGGGCAAAUCUUGUUGUAAUUCAACGGGAUCAAAGUGAUAAUGGACAUCAGGAGACAAUAUUGAUUGAAAAACCAAGUUUAAAAAGCGAAAAGUCAAUUAUAAAGGAAAAUAUAGUGGAAAAUGUUAAAUUCAACAUUGAUUUAACCACUAAAAAUGCUGAAUCAGAAUCAAUCCAACCAAAGCAAGAAAUUGAAGAAAAAAGUUCUGUGUGCGAAGAAACUUUCGAAAUGCAACUUGGUCCUAAUAUCCCGAAAGAUAUACCUGUUUUUACAUUGGGUCAGCCGAUUUCGUUUGAUUUUAGUAAUUCUAAAGAUGCUGAAAUUACAGUCACUGAAAAGACUGUUUCUGUUAAGAAGGAACAGGUUACUGUAAUUGGAGAAGAAGAAACAAGGAUUACUGAAUCUUCACCUCACUUUUCGAGACCUCUUCCGGCAGAAAUUAGAAUUCCAGAAGGUCAAGAUGCUAAUAUGGAAACUUUCUAUACUGCCGAGCCUAAUCCGAAAAUAACUUGGUUCAUAAACGGAGUAGAAAGCCAACCUACUAACCGAAUUCUUCAUGUCCAAGAAAAACAAAGAGCCUGUCUUAGUAUUUUGAAAGUCACCUUACAGGACUCUGGAGUAUAUCUCUGUAAAGCUAUUAAUUCUCUUGGCGAAGCAAGCUGUAGAACAAAAUUAGUUGUAAUUCCUCGAGACAAAACCAAAUCUGGUGAUGAAGGAAAAGCUGUAACAACCAGUGAAGAAACAUUUAGUGUUUCUGAACCAACAACGUCAAAGGCAGCUAUGAAAGAGACUGAUAGGCCAACGUCUUUAGCACUGGAGCACCCGGGGGUUAUGUCAGAGCCAUGCGCAGUCAUUAGCCAAAAAAGUGUCGCACCUCUAGAAUUGAAGUCUACUGAUCAUGCUCCAAAAUUUAUUUUACCUUUGGAAGAUGUAGCUACAGAGGAUGGCUCAAAAAUUUAUCUUUCAACUAAAUACAUCGGAAGUCCACGACCCAAUAUAACUUGGUUCUUUAAUAAACAGCCUAUUCGAGAAAAUCAAGAUUUUAAAGUGAAUACUUAUCCCGAUCAAAGUCGCUCUGAUCUAAUUAUUGAAGAAGUCUAUCCGGAAGACGAUGGAGAGUAUUCUGUUCUUGCUGAGAAUCCUCUUGGAUCGGACUAUACAGUUUGUCACUUGCAUGUUACCUUUCCUAGUUCAAGUGAUGAGGAUACUCAAGAACAAACAAUCAGAACUACUCAAACUAUUCAGAUGGAACAAGUGAGUGAGGUACCGGAUUCUCAACACUCAGAAACUAUAAAUAUUUUGCACAAACAAAAGCAAACUGUAUCGCAAACAACUCAAGUUGUUAUCCAUCAAGAACCUCAACUUCGAUCUGAGAAAUUGACAGUUGAAGUUCCAGGUACAACACAGCAAAGUGAAAUAAUCUUAGCACCACGGGCGAGACCUCUGCAAACUCAACAAACGUUUUCACAGACUCAUUCUGUAUUAGUACAGAAUAAACAACCACAAGUUUAUUCUCAGUCUUUUGCUGUUGAAUCUAAACAAGAGCCAACAACUCAAAGAGCUCAAAUGAAUGUAUCGCAAAGAAGUAUUUUAAAGGGUAUGAAAAUGGAAGUUGAGAUCGAAGAUAAAUCUCAAGUAUCUACUAUAGAGAUACAAAGACAACAAGAAAUUCUUCAAAAGCAACAACUUGAGAUGAAAUUAGCAGGGAAACCACCUAAAUUCAUUCAUGAACUCUAUGAUAUGACAGUUAUGGAUGGAGAGGAGGCAAAACUGACUUGUAAAGUAACUGGAUGGCCAGCACCGGACGUUGUUUGGUAUAAAUCAGGCCAGAGGGUUACCGAUACCCCCGAUUUCAAACUGCAUUAUGCAAGGGAAAGUGGAGAUUGUAUUCUUCAUAUUCUGGAAGUUUUCCCUCAAGAUUCUGCAGAAUAUCGCUGUGUAGCCGUAAACCCAUAUGGAAAAGAUGUUACUAACUGCACCUUAACUGUUGAAGUUUUUGAAUAUAUUCAAGAUAGUGAAGAGGCAACAGCUUCGCAAAGCGAAAUAUCCCCAGAAGAGCGUCUAAGAAUGUCUGACUCUGACACAGAGUUUUUCGAAAGAGCUCAGACUUUCAUUGCUAAUAUGCAAAAAAUGAGAGAAGAGAUAACUUUGGAAAUAGAAGAAAAACCGAAGGGUGAAGAAAUUGAAGAAGAAGUUGUGACUCUUGCCAAAGUUCAAUGGGCAAGGCGUCAAGAAGCUCUCAUUGCCCAAUUAAAACCAGAAUUUGAUCAAAAUGUUGAGACUGAGGAAAGUUGGAUGACUGAAGAGGGAAAGACAACCGAAUUUACUGGAUAUGAUUUAUCAAAGUCUAAAAAAUCAAUCUUAUCUCAAAGAGUUGGAUAUCAAACUGGACCACAAAUCGAAGAAUGUGGGCCAGAAGGUGCUUUACCAGAAUCUUAUCAAUCGGAAGAGCGUAUGGAAGAUGAGCUUUCGAUUUCGCGUAAAGAAGAACCCAAAGAGAGUAGAAGUUUAACUCAAUCGGCUCUUCUUUCUGAAGAAGAAUUCACGGAAGGUGUUCACGUUGUUCCAGAAGAAACCAAACAGAGAGACACGUCUCCAGUUGAAAUGCAGUUAUCUAAUAAAGAACUAAGAACUACCACUUUAGCAGGAUCUGUUAAAGAAGAGUUACCAUUGGAUCAACUCGAAGAAGGCGUGAUAAUUCAACACGAAAGACCCUCUGAAAGUGAUAUUGAAAAAGUCUAUGAGACUAAAACAGUUUAUGAUAAAACUCAAACUCAAACAAUUCUCCAAAAAUCUCAAAUUGAUACUGAAGAUUUUCAAGAUGCUGUCGAUGUGCCUCUAGAAGAAACGGAAGAAAGGUCUGUAUCUCCAGUUCAAAUGUCGAUACCAGAGAAGAAAGGACAGUCAGAAACUCUCACCGUAGUAUCUAAAGAAGAACUUGUUACGGAUACCUUCGUUGAAGGCAUUCAGGUAGAAGAGCAGAGAACUACUGAGAGAGAGAUUUCUCCAACUACUUUGACAAAGCAUGGACUAGAGGAGAAGAGACCUACUAGAACAGAAGUAGUUGAAGAAAAUGUAGAUGAAGAUGAGUUCCACGAUGCGGUUGAAAUUCAACCGGAACAGCCUACAAAGAAAGAUAUUGAAAUUGAUUUAGAUGUUUCUGAAAUCAAGGAUAAGCCUGUUACUCAGACAGAAAUUAAGAAAGAGGUUCAAGAAAUUGACGAAUUCAGAGAAACGGCCGACUUAGAACACGACAAAAUGCAAGAAGAUGUUGUAACUGCUAUUGAUUUACAGAAAACAGUAGUGGAGGGCAAAAAAAUGACUCAAACAGCAAUCCUUCAACAAAAUCUGCGGGAGGAUACCUUUGAAGAAGGCAUUCAAGUCGUACCUGAGCAACCCACAGAAGAAGAAACGAAAUUGAAACUAGAGCAACCAGAAAUAGAACAUGAAAAAGAAAGCAGGAUUUUACCUGUCGAAGAAAAAACUAUAACUGAUUCUUUCACUGAUGUAGAAGAAGUUCCAACAGAGGGGGCCUCCGAACAACAGAUAUCUGUUGAACUCGAAAAAUCUGAAGUUACUAAAACCAUAGAAACUAAAACUGAAGCAGUUUCGGAAAACGUUACUGUUGAACUCUACGAAGACCACACAGAUUUAGUUCCUGAAAAAUCAACAGAAGAUGAAAUUAAGCUUGAACUUUCUGUUAGCGAACUGAAUGUUAAACGAGAGACCAGAGUCGGAACUCAAGAGGAAAAACUCCAAACAGAAGAACUUCAAGAAGGAGUAGAAGUUACUCCAGAAAAGACAACAGAAGAUCAAAUUGAUAUUGAAUAUUCAACUACCCAGGAUAUUCCUAAGCAAGAAACUUUAGUGCAAGUAGUUAAAGAAGAACAAAAAUCAGAUACAAUAGAAAUUACUGAUGAAGUUCCUCAGGAACAAACUCAACAAGAUGAAAUAAUUGUCGAAUUGGAUACAUCUGAAAAACAACCGAAAUUGGAAACUCUUGUUCAGUCUGUAAAAGAAGAACUACGACCUGAUACAAUUGAUGAAACAGCUGAAAUAUCUCAAGAUAUUUCUAAAGAGGAAGAAGUUGUACUGGAAUUAUCUGAUUCGAGUAAGAGAGAAAAGGAGGAAAGUCUUGUUGUAGUUCAGAAAGAAAUUACAAAUCCUGAUGUUAUACAGGAGACUGUUGAUAUUUCUGAAGAAAAAAUGAAUGAAGAUGAAAUUAUCGACAAUUUUGUUAAAUCUGAACUUGAGCAGAAAAAAGUGUCUCGAGUUUUGAAAACUGAAGAACAUCAUCCAGAACAAUCAAUUGAAGAGACUAUGGAAGAAGCUUCUGAGCAGACAACUCCUCAAGAAAUUAAAGUGGAAUUGUCUGAAACCGAAGCAAAAACGAAAUUAGAAGUUAUGGUAUCUCAGCAGAAAGAGAACUUCCCUGCAGACACUAUUCAAGAACACGGACAGAUUGAAACUGAAGAAACGUCAGUUGAUGUCAUUCCGAAAUCUGAAAUGGAAGAUAAAUCAUCUGAUAAACCAACAUUAAUGUCCGGGACUAUGAAAACAACAAUGGUUUUGCAAGCUUAUGAGUCUACCGAAGAUCUUGCAGCUGAGCAAACCAAAGAGCAAGAUGUAGUUGUUAGAUUGUCAACAACGGAGGAGGUUAGAGAAACUGAGCACAGCCGAACUCUUGUACAAAAAACUGAAGAACAAGAGCUAGAAACUGGAAAUAUUAAUGAAACAAACACAGAUAUAACAAGUGAAAGUCAAAUACCAGUCGAAACUGUUACUGCAGAUACAUCGCAUAAGGAAACCAGUAGAAGUAUCCAACAGAACGAGAGCUUACCAAUCGAAGAGCUUAGUAGUAUUAAUGAAGAACAGUUUGAUGAGACAACAGAAGAGCAAAUAAUAGUUAACCUAAGCAAACAUAAAUCUGACAUUUUGCCUAGCCAAGUUGCUCCUGUCGUCGAACAAAUAGCGACAGAGAAAGAGGAUGAAAUUACCAGAGAUGUGUCUGUUGAAAAGACUAAAGAGGAAGAAAUUAAGGUAAACUUGGAGCAACAUGAAAUAAAGCAAAAAGAAAUUUCCCUUACUGCAAUGCUGGAAAAAGAACAAACUGUAGGUGAAGUUGAUAAAUUGUCAGAUACAGUUGACGAAGAGAGACCAGUGGAAGAAGAAAUUACGGUCGACCUAGAAGCAGCGGGAGUUAGAGAUAAAGAAAGAGCACUCACCAGCAUGGUUGAGGAGAGACACUCGGAAGAAGAAACCGAAGUAACAAAAGAAGAUUUGAAGGAACCUGGUGCAAAUGAAGAAGAAAUUCAAGUCAUACUGGAUACAUCAGAAAUUAAAGCAAAACCAGAGACUUUAACUAGGCAGCUUGAAGAAAGAUUAUCUCCUGAGGGGAUUGAAUCCGUUGUGGAGGAGCCCAAAGAGACUUCAGAUAUUUUUGACGUUAAAGUCGACUUAUCAGCAGUGGACGAGAAAGUUAGAGCUCAGACUAGGGUCGGAACCGUUGAAGAAAGCAUUAAAGUUGACAUUUCCGAAGAACUUAAUUUGAAGGAAAUCAAUCGGGAACAACCUGAGGGUACAGAUGUUCCCAAAGAAACAGAUUUAGCAACGAAAAGUUCACCAAAUCCAACUUUGACAAAGGAACUUUUGUCAAAUCUAACUAUCGAUGCUACAGCAGCUGGUCCUGAAGAAUACGACGAAGAAGUAUCCAGAAUAAAUGAAAUUCCCAAAGAAACUGUUACAGCAGAUUCUUACUUACCUCAACAUUCUCGUGUUGAUCAAGUUCAUGAAGGAGAACUACCUCAACAGGCAGCUCAGGAAUUCUCAGACGCGCUAAAAGAAGUUAGAAUGAUCCCCGGAAUUCAUCUACCUGAUUUUGAACCAUCUGUCGUUGAAAGAUACAGAUUUGAAACUAGAGUUAAAUCUCGAAGUCCAAGUCAAGACUCGGAAGUAAUUAGUGAAACAGGUGAAUCGAAAACCGCUAUUAAAGAAACUGUAAUUGAAACUUCUACAAAGAAAGUUGAAAUUGUUGAAAAAGUAACUGAAGAAGUUGCAAUGAAAAUUAACCAGGAUGAAUCAAGAGCACCAACUGUUGAGUGCAAUCUGCACGAUAUAACAGUUUCUGACGGUGAAAAAGUUAUAUUUGAAUGCGUUGUGAACGGAAAUCCUGUUCCAGAGAUAACUUGGUUUGUUGAAAAUCAAGAAAUUAAACCGUCUAUGGAUUUUAUUAUUGCCUACGAAAGAGGUAUUGCUACACUGAAAAUUAUAGAUGUUCUUACUGAAGACGAAGGAGAAUAUACUAUUAGAGCUAAAAACUCUGUAGGUGAAGCUAGUAGUUCCGCAUACCUAACAGUUCUACCACCAUCAAAUUCUGAAUCGGAACCCGAGUCACCUCUCUACAAAACUGAAGUUACAAAAACCCUUAAAGCUGAAAACGUCGAAGAAGAAAGUUCUAAAGUAGAACUUGAUCUAUCAAUCCGAAAACGUACAAGAAGGCAUAGCCAAGAGCCUACUGCUCCCAAAUUUAUCACUAAGUUGGAUAACAAAGAAAUUUUUGAGAGUUUACCAAUUACACUUAUUUGCGAAGUGAACGCAAAUCCGGAGGCAGAAAUACAAUGGUUUAAGAAUGAAGUUUUAAUUGAAUGCAAUGAACGCUAUCUUAUUGAAUCUGAUGGUGGUUUAUGCGUAUUAAGAAUUGAAAGAUGCGAUUUAGACGAUGAAGGAGAAUAUAAGUGUGUGGCGAAGAAUGAAUUAGGUUCAGAUAAUACUUAUUGCGAAUUACUCGUGGAAAGAGAACUUGAAGAAAAGGAAGAGAAAAGAUCAGAAGCUUCAUUAACUAAAUCUAACGAGAGUGAUAAGAAACCAAAAAUCAUAAAGAGUUUAAGAAAUACGGAAUGCAGAAUUGGAGAAUCAGUAGCCUUAAAGCUUAGAGUACUCUCGAAAUAUCCAACUCAAGUAAAAUGGUAUCUUGAUAAUGACUUAUUGCAUGCCGAUGAGGACUUUAACUACAAAUUAUUAGAAGAUAAAAAAGGUUCUUUUAUUCUGAGAUAUAAGCACGUUGAAAAGUGCGAUCUAGGUUUAUAUAAGGCUGUAGUGAAAAACAAAUACGGAUUUGUUGAGAGUACAGGAUAUUUGAAACAAAAAGAAUAUGUAGCUGGUUAUGGGCUAUUACCUGAUGAUGCUUAUCUAGGAUUAGAAACUAUUGAGGAGCGGGUCGCUGUUAGCGCUUUAAAGCCUGAAACAGAGAAAAAACCUAUUGAACAAAUAGAAACAAAACUAGAGGAUAUCGCAUCUAAACAGCCCAGCACAUCACAAAUUCUGUUAGAUGCUCAAGAGGGCAAGGAUCAGGAAAGAAGCCAUUCUGAUGAACAAAAACUUAAAUUAUCAUCAGAAAAACACGGAAGUGUUACGAUAGAAUCAGAAGCUUUCCUUCGUGGAAGUGAGGCUGACAAUCUUGUCACUCAAACUAGUAGUUCAAAGACAAUAAAAAUGUUUGUUAAAGAUCAAAACAUGGAAAUGAACCUCGAAGGAGCAGAUACCUCUGAGAGUGUUACUGAAUUUGUUUCCACAGCCGAGUCCUACCAGGAGAGUCAAAUGACUGAAGCCGAAAGGGCAAAUAAAAAACUUAUUCAUGCACACCCAGAAACAUCUGAAGUUGAUGUAGAGAGUAUAGAAGAAACAAAAAUUGAUGCACCUCUUUCAGAAGCUGAAAAAGGUGAACAACCUCAACUUGAUGUAGGAUCUUCUAAACGUAUAACUGUUACAAUGAAAACUAUUACACAAAAGUAUGAACUUAGUAUUGAUGAUACUAAAGAUAUGUCCCCCGAGAAGGAGAGUGAUAAACCAGAAAUCGGCGAAAUUCAAACGGAUUUGGAAAAAACUGUUAAAAAAGUUACAGAAUCUCAAGCCGGAAUUGAAAAAGCAGAACUAUUACUUGACACAACAGAAAAAGAUAUAGAAAUUCCUGCUAAAGACACCUUAGUUCAAACAUUUGAUAAUCAAGAUAUAACGCUUGAACUAGGCGAGCAAACAGCAUCAACAUUAAUAAGUGAAGAUAUUCAAACUCAAACGAGAAAGUCUCAGGUUGUACCACAAGAGCAAUCUAUGUCCGAUAUUCAAAUUACCGGUGUAAUUGAAGGCAUAACUGAAGGCACAUCUGAACCUUGGAAGUAUAGCACUAUUGAAAAAGAUGCUCCUCUUGUUGAACAAACUGCUGCCCAAGGAAAAUUAGUCUCUUCCAAAUUAGCAGAUGUCCAAAUAGCAUUUUCAACGGAAGUUGCACACCCAUCUUUGAAGCAAACAUCUUUGGUAGCAGAGCAGAUUGCCAGUGUAUCUUCAGAAACAAAUGAAGGCGAGUUAACAGAAAGAAGUGAAGACAAAGCAGUUGUUGAGUCUAUAGAAACAACUUUCACCACUGAUCGUUUAAUUAAAGAUAAAGAGCAAUCAUUAAUUGAGAUUCAGCAAACCAAAUUAUCUCAAGAAUCAUAUGAACAAGGCGUUCACGUAUACGAAGAGGAACCAGAUAUUACAGACGUUGAAGUAGCUACACUAACAGCUGCUUCGCAAGACAAAAAAUUGACAAAAUCAGAUGAAAUAUCUGAAGAAGUACAAGUUGAAUUAACGGACAAACAAAAAUCCCUUCCUGAAAGUGAAGUUGUUAAAUCAACAGAUACAGAUAAAGAAAAACUGGAAGCAGUCAGUAUCGUACCCAAAGAAGAAACCAAAGUUCUAUCUAAAAAAAGUGAGGUUGUCGUAGAAACUAUAUCAAAAUCCGAUUCGAUAGAACUUUCUGAAGUAGCCCAAGAAGAAGUUAUUGAAUCAGAAGUUACAGAAGCUAAAAUUGCAACGAAAAGGCCUACAAAGGCUGCAGAACAAAUAUCUGAUAUCAAUCUAGAGAUAACAGACAAAAGUAAAUCUCUAGAAUCUACAGACGAAGCUAAUCAAAUUGUAGUCUCAAGCGAAACAACAAAUGUUAAAAUAGAAAAACCAAAGCCCACGCAAGCAGAAACAACUUUUGAGCAACAAAAAAUAGAGAAUACGGAUAAAAGUGCUUCAAUUGAAGUAACUGAACAAGCAGUUGAAUCCAGCGAAGAUGCUCAAGUUAUUCAAAAACAAUCCAGUCAAAUUACAGAAACUAAUAUUUCUUUAAUUAAGACUGAGAUGAAUAUUGAAUCAACCGAUGCAGAAUUACAAGCUAAACCGUCCGAAAGAGCAGAUGAAAGCGAAAUCACUUUAGAUAUUGGUCAAGCAAAAUCUGACACGCCAGUAGAAACAUCAACUGCGACUCUUCAAACAAAGAUAAUUACAGAAUCGACAUCUGUCGAACCCGAAAUGAAACCAACAGAAACUGCUGAGCAAAGUGAAAUCACGUUAGAAAUUGCUCAAGCUAAAACUGAUAAAAAAAUUGAGACAACCACAGCUACACUGGUCACAAAAAUGAUGACAGAGUCAACUGAUGCUGAAAUGGUUAUUAAGCCAUCAGAAACUGCCGAACAAAGUGAGAUUACAAUUGACAUUGCAGAGGCUAAAGCAGAUAAACCAAUCGAAACAACCACUGGAACAUUUGUUACCGAAUUAAAAACGGAAUCUACUGAUACUGAAAUGGUCAUUAAACCAUCCGAAACAGCCGAACAAUCUGAGACAACUGUAGAUAUCUCAACAGCCCAAACAGAUAAACCUAUUGAAACAACCACUGGAACAUUUGUAACAGAAUUGAAAACUGAAUCUACUGAUACUGAAAUGGUUAUUAAGCCAUCAGAAACUGCCGAACAAAGUGAGAUUACAAUUGAUAUUGCAGAGGCUAAAGCAGAUAAACCAGUAGAAACAACCACUGGAACAUUUGUAACUGAAUUGAAAACUGAAUCUACUGAAGCUGAAAUGGUUAUUAAACCAUCCGAAACAGCCGAACAAUCUGAAACAACUGUAAAUAUUUCUACAGCUCAGACAGAUAAACCAGUAGAAACAACCACUGGAACAUUUGUAACAGAAUUGAAAACUGAAUCUACUGAUACUGAAAUGGUCAUUAAACCAUCCGAAACAGCCGAACAAUCUGAAACAACUGUAGAUAUUUCUACAGCUCAGACAGAUAAACCAGUGGAAACAACCACUGGAACAUUUGUCACUGAAUUGAAAACUGAAUCUACUGAAGCUGAAAUGGUUAUUAAACCGUCAGAAACAGCUGAACAAAGUGAGAUUAUGAUGGAAAUCGGUAAAGUUAAAACUGAUAAGAAAAUUGAGACGUCAACUGCAACGCUUGUUACUAAACUGACAACAGAAUCAACUGACACUGAGCUACAAGCCAAACCUACAGAACAAGCGGAACAAACGGAAAUUAUUCUUGAUAUAGGUGAAGCAAAAUCUGAUAAACCAGUUGAGGCAUCUACUGCUUUGUUAGUAACUAAGAUAACAACAGAAUCAACCGAUUCGGAACUGCAGACUAAACCCUCAGAAAAAGCUGAGCAAAGCGAAAUAAUAGUAGAAGUUGACAAGGCCAUAGCUGAUCAGAAAAUUGAAACCUCAACAGCUACUUUAAUAGGCAAAAUGAUAACAGAAUCAGCUGAUUCAGAAAUUCUGAUAAAAUCUUCGGAAAUAGCUGAAGAGUCUAAUGUCGUAGUUGAGACUGCAAAAUCUCAUUCAGAUAAACCAGUUGAAACGACAACGGCCACUCUUAUAUCAGAUUUAAAAACGGAAUCAACCGAUGCAGAUUUACAAAAAAAUCCGUCAGAGAUAGCUGAACAAAGCGAAAUCACACUUAACAUUGCAAAAGCUAGAUCCGACAAACCGGUUGAGACAACGACCGGAACAUUUAUCACAGAAAUGAGAACCGAAUCCACUGAAGCUGAAAUGACUAUUACGUCAUCAGAAACUGCUGAAGAAAGUGAAAUUACUUUGGACAUUGGUAAAGCUAAAACCGAUAAGAAAAUUGAGACAACCACAGCUACGCUUGUCACAAAAAUGUCCACAGAAUCUACUGACACAGAAAUGGUUAUUAAACCGUCGGAAACAGCGGAACAAUCUGAAACAACUGUAGAUAUUUCUACAGCUCAGACAGAUAAACCAGUAGAAACAACCACUGGAACAUUUGUCACUGAAUUGAAAACUGAAUCUACUGAAGCUGAAAUGGUUAUUAAACCAUCCGAAACAGCCGAACAAUCUGAAACAACUGUAGAUAUUUCUACAGCUCAGACAGAUAAACCAGUAGAAACAACCACUGGAACAUUUGUAACAGAAUUGAAAACUGAAUCUACUGAUACUGAAAUGGUUAUUAAACCAUCCGAAACAGCCGAACAAUCUGAGACAACUGUAGAUAUCUCAACAGCCCAAACAGAUAAACCUAUUGAAACAACCACUGGAACAUUUGUCACUGAAUUGAAAACUGAAUCUACUGAAGCUGAAAUGGUUAUUAAACCAUCUGAAACAGCCGAACAAUCUGAAACAACUGUAGAUAUUUCUACAGCUCAGACAGAUAAACCAGUGGAAACAACCACUGGAACAUUUGUCACUGAAUUGAAAACUGAAUCUACUGAUACUGAAAUGAUUAUUAAACCGUCAGAAACAGCUGAACAAAGUGAGAUUAUGAUGGAAAUCGGUAAGGCUAAAACUGAUAGAAAAAUUGAGACAACUACAGCUACUCUUGUUGCUGAAUUAACAACUGAAUCUGCUGAACCAAAGGAUGAAGCAAAAGAACUGGAAAUGGCCAAGGAAAGUGAAAUUAAACAAGAAAUUUCGAAAGCAAAAGCAGAACAGCCUGUGGAGUCAACAAGCAUUUUAGAAACAAAAGCAAUAACAGAAAUGGCUGAUACCGAAUUUGUUGUAAAGAAAGUAGAAACAGCAGAUGAAAGUGAAAUUUAUCAAAGUACAGAAAAAGCCAAUCAGGGAGAGGUGGUCGAAUCAACUACAUCUAUGAUAGUUACUAAAAUGGAAUUAGAGUCAACAGAUUCUGGAAUGGCCAUUAAGCCAUCAGAAAAGGCGGAAGAAACAGAAGUGUCAUUCAAUGUUGAGCAUGCUACAUCAGACAAACCUAUUGAAACGAUUGCGACAACUCAAGUCACUGAAUUGAAAACCGAAUCUGCUGAUGCAGAAUUAAAAAUAAAGCAGUCUGAGACUGCCGAAUUGCUUGAAACAGAAACAGAAACGGCAACUGUUCAAGUUAAAAAACCGCAGGAAUCAAAAACAAAUGUUUUUGUCGAUGAAAUUUCUGUAGAAACAGCAGAAACUACAGAAAAUAAGUCACCUGAACAAUCUUUGGAAUCGGUCGCUGAUUUGGAACUGCAUAAAUCUUCUGUCAAAUUACCUGAAGGUUCACAAACAGUAACACAAAUUACUGAAGUUGCUGUUCAAAAAACAACAAAAGUUCAACAAAUUAAGCCUAGUGAAUCGGUCGAAGAGAGUGAAGUAUCUAUAGAAACUUCGGAAGCUACAGUAUUGCAUCCAAAAGAAGCUAACGUAAAAGUUCAAGAAUCUGUCAUUGCCACAGAUAUUACAGAAUUUGCCGAUGAAGUGAAUAAGUCUGAUUUAGCGAAACUGUCCGACAUUAAGUCAGAAACUUCGACUGUCGAUAUAUCCCAACCUAAAGAAACACAAGCUUCAGUUAUGAUAAAAGAAAUGACCACUGAAGUAACGAGUGAAACUGUGGAAGAAAAACAACCUGAAACUCAAACUGAAUCAAUUGUCAGCGUACAACUAGAAAAGUCUUCUAAAAAUCUCCCACAAGAAAGUCAGACUGCUGCUCUGGGUGCCGAAAUUACACUAGAAAGCUCAAAAGAACAAGCAGAGUUAACUGUUUUAGAAAAAGCGUCUGAAACUGUAAAUGUUACGGACAAUAAAUUAGCAGCUGUAACAAGUCAAACGGUUGAAAGUACUGCAGGUUUAUUAGUAGCUGACUUAUCCGUUGAAAAUACUGAUGCAACUAUGCAACUAAAACCAACAGAAGAGGCAAAAGAGAGCAAUGUCGAAAUGGCAACUGAGCAAGCCACUCUGGAAUUGAAAAAGGAAACUCAAGUUUCCACUCAAGAAACAAAUGUAACAGAAAAUGUAACCCUUACGAAGCCUGACGACAAAGAGAUUAAAACUUCAACGGAAUCAACAGUAAUUACUCAGUUAGAAGAAUCUAAAGUGGAGUUUCCCAAAGAAACUAAGGUUGAAGUUGGAGAGGCUAAACUAAAACUUGAAGAAAGCAAAAAAACAAAACAAAAACCGGCUGAAAAAGUUGAAGAAUCCUUUACUCAAGUCAAACUAAAGAAAGUUAAAAAAGAUGUGAAACCAGCAAUAACAAAAACACAAAAAAAAUCUACAACAAUUGAGGUAUCUGACGAAACAGAUGCGAUUAAAACUGAGGAAGCAACUUCUUCUCAAGUGGUUACAGAAACUAUGAUUGCUUCUAAAAAAGAGAAGCCUAAAACAAAAAAAGGGUCAGAGGUAUCAGAAGAAGUAGUUGUGUCAUUAAAAAGUGCAGCUCCUUCGGAAACAGGUAAGGUUUCCCCAACCGAGAGUGAAAAUACCCAAUUGCAUGGAUCUUUAAGUCCUCUUGAAACUGCUCCAGAACCCGAAGAAACUGUUGAUACUAUGUCAAUAAGUGAAUCGAAUGUAUCUUUAAAUAUUGAAGAACAAAAUUUAAAAACUGAGAAAGCCAAUAUUAAUAUUCCCCUGCACCUAACCACUGACACCCAAGACGUUUCCAAAGUGGUAUUUGAGGCAGAACAACCAAACGUGGAAAACUUGGUUGAAACUUCAAUUGAUGAACCUAAAGGUGUAAAAGAUUAUAGUAGCGAGGUUACUCUUCCAGAUAGUGUAGAAGAAACUAUUGAAUCAAAAUUGGAAGAUACAGAAACAAAACUUUCUAGACAUGAUACUAGUUCAACUGAAUAUGUCAAAGCUUCAACCAAGAAGCAAAAAGAGUCAAUAUCAGACGUUCAAGAAGCAGUCACAAUUUCCGAAUCUUCCAUCAUGGACGUAGAUUACGAAAAGCCUCUUGAGAGUGUAUCUGAAUCAAUUACAGUAUCUGAUCUAUUGAUUGCAGACAAGCCUGUUCAAGAACAGACUGUAACUUCAGAGACGACUAUAACGACAAAUGAACCUGUCGAAAAUAUAAACCAAAUCACAGAAGUUGGGUUAGAAAUAUCCAGUGAAAAGGUAGCCCUCACGUCUGAAAUUAAUAAGCCAGAACAGCAUUCCAGCGCAACUGCUGAAUCAUUUGAGGAAGGUCAAAGUGAGGAAAUUAGUGAAUACUCAUCGUUGACUAUACAGCCUAAAGAGGAUGUAAUAGAUAUAGAUAAAGAUAUAAAGAUUGAUAUUAUUCAGCAAGAAACGACCGUAGGAAAGGGAAAGUUAAUUGAAGAGAUAGUAGACAUCGAUAAAGACUCUAUAGUACCGAGUAAAGCUACAGAAGAGUUAGUUAAACCCUCAGAAACUGAAGAAAAAGUAAUAGAAAAAAUACCAGAGACUAUAGAGUCAGCUUUAAUAAGCGAGAAUUUAGAAUCAAACUUAGACAUAGUAGAAGAUGCUGAUAACGAAAAAGUCAAUGUUGUAAAAGAUUCCAGCCUACCAAUUAGCAAAAUUGAAACAGCAGAAGCUUCGUUAAGUAUCAAGCCAAAAACUCAAGAAAGUGAAACAACAAUUGAUAUUAAACCUGAAAAAGAAACAAUUGAGGAGAGUAGCACGGAAACGACUUUGAAAGCAUCAAAACGACAAGAUGAAGAUAGAGAAGAGAGUAAAAGCAUCUCUGUAACUGUUAGCAGUAUGCCAGAUGACUUCGAUAAUUCUCUUGACGAUAUUACGUCAGAGUUUUCUAUAGAGAAACCUGUUGACGAAGUUAAGAAAGACUGCACAACAAUUUACAUUUCUACUGCAAAUUUCAAACCUGAUAGUGAUGAAGUCAUGUCACUGCAUGAAGGAGAAAGGGUUGAAAUAAAAAAUAUUAACGAAAGUGAUAAACUAUGGCUUGUAAAGAAGUGGUUUAAUACUAACUCUGGUCUUGUACCGUCAAAAUAUCUUCAAAGAAGACAAGAUGUAGAGGAUGCUGUUGACAAACAAAUUCUAGCUUACGCAGAAAAGUUAGCAGUACCAGAAGAAACAGCUAAGCAUAAAGGCUAUCCUCAAGCAGCUCAAAUUGUUAGACCUUUAAGUUCAGAUAAGGUUAAAGACGGAGAUUCAGUUUACCUUGAAUGUUCUAUCGUAGCUAACCCUGAACCAAUUGUUGUUUGGUUUAAGGAAGGUGUUCUUUUGGAAGCCAGUCAUGAGUUUGAACAAGUCUUUGACGGUACACUUUGUAAAUUGAUGAUAAAAGAAGUUUACCCUGAAGAUACAGGAUUUUACGGAGUAUUAAUAAAAAAUCAAUACGGAUAUGACUUUAGUGCUGCUGAAAUAAUAGUUGUUGAACGUGGUGCAAGUACAGGAAAAGAACCAGUAGAAGAGAAAAUUAAACCAACUAUGAAAACUAAACCUAAGGCUCAAACUGCUGAUGAAAACGCAGAUGCAACAUUUACGUGCACCAUUCUAUCCAAACCUAAACCAGAGGCUACUUGGAUCUUCGAAGACAAAACUAUCACUUUAUCCGAUAAAUAUAAACCGGACAUAUCAGAAACAGCCGAAAAUACUUAUAAGGUGUGCUUGGCCAUUAAAAAGAUUCAACUAUCAGAUGCCGGAAGUUAUAAACUUUUUGUUAAAAAUACUGAAGGAGAAUUAAAGAGUAGCGUGACUUUAUUUGUGAACGAACGAAAAGACUCCAAAGACCUUCGUUCUCAACUAAAAAAGAAGACCGAAAAAAAAGAACCCAAGAAGAAGGAACCAGAGGUAAAGGGUGGUGAACAGCAUGAUUUUAGAAAUGUCUUGCAAAAAAAUAGUAGCGAGAAGGAGCCAAAGGUUGAAAUUUCAUUGAAAGAUAAAACCAUUAAGGAAGGUGAGGAAGUGACUUUUAUUUGUCAAUUGUCUGGAAACCCUUUACCUGAUGUUUCCUGGUAUCGUGAAGAUGAAUUAAUAUUUUCUAAUGAUGUUUAUAAUAUGUCCGAUAAUGGCCGAGGGUUGCAUGCUUUAAAAAUCGGACUUGCUUUGGCUGGAGAUGACGGCGUUUAUGAGAUACGUGGCAGAAAUAACCUCGGAACUGUUAAAAGUUCUGCUGUUUUACGUAUAAUAGACGAAGCGGCACUAGAAGAAAGUUCGGUAAGCUCUUCUGUCAGUUCUUAUGAUCCCAAUCGCAUUCAAACAGAAACAUCGCAUGACAUAUCCCGUAAUGACAAUUCUAAGCAUGAAGAUGACAAUAGUUUUACUAACGAACCUUUAGCUAUUCAUGACAAUGACAUUAUCCAGUCAAAUAUUGAAGAUUUAGUUCCCAUCGAUGUCACCGAUAACACACACACAGAAAAUGACUCAGUCAGUUCAUAUGAAAAGGAGUACGAAACUGAGUCGUUUGAGCCAGGAACAUUCACAAGAGAUGAUAUUGAAGAGUUGGAAGAAGACGAAGCUGAAGCAGCAGAUGAAGAACUCGUAAAAGAAACAAUAGAUGAUACCAAAAUAGAAACUGAAUCGUCCAGUGGUUCAAGCGCAAAAGAAUUAUAUGAGAAUUUUGAUGAGGGAUCAGAAGAAAAGCCACCGUUUGAUAUAUGUGAAUCAACAAGUGAAAGUGAACCAGCAAGUUCUUAUAUAAAAGAAUUACAUGCAGAAACUACAGGGGCACCAACUGAAUAUCAAUUAUCCCCAGUUGAACUAUCAAAAAAAGAGAAAAGUGGAAAGGAUAAAUCAGUCGAAAUUUCUGAUCUUCUUGAUUAUCCCACAUCAAUAAAUGUGGAGCUUUUAAUAGAAAGAACAUCUCAAACUUGCGCCUUUGAAAGAGAAACCAAUAUUGUUUUUAUAAAAGAUACUAAGAAACCAAAGGAGGAACCAAAAAGUAAAGAACCAUCAAAAGCUCCUGAACUAUUAGAGCCACUCGUAGAUAAAAAACUGCCAAAAACCGGUGAAGAAGUGAAAUUGACUUGUAAGAUAAGUGGAUAUCCUAAACCGGAAGUUAAUUGGUACUCGUCUGGAAUUCUUAUUUCGGAUACUAAAAAGUUUACUAGAACCGAAAAAGGGGAUACUUAUACACUUAUUAUUAAGGACGUUCAAGAAAGGGAUUGCGUGGAGUAUACAAUAAAUGCCAAAAAUGAGGCUGGGGAAGUUAAUUCCAGUUGCAUCAUAAUUUUGCCUCAAGGUUUGUUAAUGUGCCUGUAA